AUGGCUGAAAGUUUGAAAGUAUUGUUCGUGCCGUUCGGUCCCGAUAUCGGACACGUGAAUGUCUCCAUAGGAGUGGCGGAAGUGCUGCUCAGCGCCGGACACCGACCCAUAUUCCUGAUUGACAGCCACUGGAAGGCACGGCUUAGAGACUAUGGCAUCGAUUCUUGCGAUAUAAACGACGACUCUAUGGAAGACAAACAAAACAUGGAUACAAAUCAUGUAAAAGAGUUGUCCACCCAAAUGGUCAGAACGGGUGGUAUUGGACCCAAAACUGCUCUCCAGAAAGUUGUCAAUAGAGGCCGAGUAGCGGCUGAUUGGAUGCAUCGGGCGAUUAAAUUAGACAAACUUUUGGUCACUUUAUUGCCGUCAAUCGCACCCAACCUUAUAAUUGCUGAACAAUUGCUAUCUAUACCCGCCAUUGAACUAUCGGGUAUACCGUAUGUAUGGCUCAGUGGUUCCAAUCAUUUGGGAAUGUGCAAUGAUAAUAGACUACCGCCAUCCACCUCAGGUUUAUCGGCGACUGAUGUCAAAGAGUGGCAGAUAUUCAGAGACGUCCGGAAUCGGGCGGUGAAUGAGGUAUGGAUUCAAUGCAAUGAUUACGUCAUCUCAAGAGGUUGUCAGCCAUUGAAAGAGAAUGAGUUCGCGAAUAAUGACAAAUGUCUUAAUAUCUAUGGCUGUCCUCUGGAAUUGGAUUAUCACGACUUGAGACCAUUGCCUAAGAAUUACAUACGUUUUGAUAAUCUGAUGCGAAUCGAGAAGAAAAUACAAUUUGAAAUACCAGUGGAGUUGAGGGACAGACCGGGAAAGUUAGUCUACUUUUCAUUGGGAUCUAUGGGUGCGGCAGAUGUGGACAAUAUGAAGAGAUUAGUGAAUAUAUUGUCAAAAUCUAAACACAGGUUUAUUGUAUCGAAAGGACCGCUUUAUGACGAGUACUCAUUGGCUGAUAAUAUGUGGGGCGAGGGGUCUGUCCCUCAGAUCCAAGUCUUACCGUUAGUUGAUUUGGUUAUAACCCACGGCGGGAACAAUACAGUGACCGAGACGUUUCAUUUUGGCAAACCUAUGAUAGUUUUGCCACUAUUUGGCGAUCAAUGGGAUAACGCACAGAGAGUUCACGAGAAAGGGUUUGGUAUACGACUCGAUGCCUACAAGUGCUCCGAAGAGGAGUUAUUGAAUGCAAUCGAAAGUCUGUUAAAUAAUAAGGAAUUGAAUGAAAAACUGAUGAAAAUAUCGCAUAGAAUACAAUCGGAUAAUAGUAUCGCAAAACUGCCCGAAAUUAUUGAGGACUUCAUUCAAAAUCCACAGAAAUAUAAAUUUUGA